GAUUAAUUUGGGUUCCCAGUUUUUAUCAUUUUUAAAGAGUAUAAAGUGUAAAGAUGGACGUUAGAUAAAUUGUAAAAAAUGGCUGACAAAUUACGCGAAUUUCUUUCUUUGCUUCUGAUGACAGUGAACUUAUGGAUAUUGGCGCGGAUAAUAUUGGAAAUAUAUUUGAGAGCAUAUUUUAGCUAUACACACUCAGUCGAAGAAGUUGAGCAAACCGAUGUUAAAGAUCUUAAACUACCUCCUCCAGAUAUACUAUCAAGAGUAAACAGUGUUAUGUCUGGUACAACCCACAACAGGAUACCUUUAAUUAAUGGAGCCAGACGACCUUCCGAGGAAAGGCAUGAAUUAGACUUGAUUGAAAGAUAUGUCUGUCAGAGAUGUCAUUCCCGCCCUCGACAAAUAUUGUUCCUAACGUGCUAUCACUUCUACAGUUGUGAAACUUGUGCAGAGGAAACAGAAGAAUGCCAGAGAUGCCAACAGCAAAUCUUAAGAAGAGAAAAUAUUUACAGAUCAUAAAGACUAAGUAUGGAGAUAUGAUUUCAAUAACUUUCUUUUUGUCAUAUUUUCUCUAAAUCAAAUACUAGGCAGCACACAUAUACUGUGAAACUCAUAA